AUGAGCAUCCAUCAGACUCCUGCUGCGUGGCCUAAACUCGGCCAAAUCGAUGGGCAGUUAAACGAAAUUAUUAAAGCAAACCCUGCUCUGGCGGCGCACAGUCUUGGCGAUGUGCUAGAUGUCCCAGCUGCUCGCAAACAACUGUUGGCGAUGGUCUCCCGGAAUCCACCAGUUAACUUGGAAGGAAUUGAAAAAAGCGAAAUACAUAUUCCUGUCAGAGACAGAUCUAACAUUCGUACUCUUAUCUAUAAGCCUAAAGCGUCCUUAAGUUCUGACUCGCCCUUAGUAAUCCUGUACCAUGGCGGCGGUUGGUGCCUAGGGACAGCCGAAUUUGAGGAACCUAGAGCCGCCAAGCUGGUAAGAAACCAUGGAGUAGUUGUACUGAGUGUCGGCUAUCGAAAGGCGCCUGAGCAUGUCUUCCCAACUGCAAUUACUGACUCUUGGGAUGCGCUUAUUUGGAUUGUUGAGAAUUCUCCCAAGCUUGGUGCUAAGCCAUCUGCUGGCCUUGUGAUCGGCGGCUCUUCUGCAGGCGCUAAUAUCACUGCUGUGCUAUCCCAUUUGGCUCGCGACAAUAGCCUUGUACCCCAGUUGACUGGUGUCUAUCUUCAUGUCCCUUUCACUUGUGCUCCUGAGAUACUUGCAGAGCGCUACGGGCAAGAAUACACCAGCUAUGAGCAGAACGUAAAUGCUCCAAUCCUUGAUGUGAAAGCUGUUGAGUUUUUCCGCCGCUAUUACGCACCUGAAGGCAAAUCUGAGCUUUUCAGCCCUCUGCUGUGGCCUUUAGGACAUGGAGGUCUUCUAAAAACCUAUUUUCAGAUUAGCGGCUUAGAUCCUCUACGAGAUGAUGGACUUAUCUACGCCUGA